UAUUAAUCAACUGACGAUAGUAGUGACUUCGUGACUUGUCGCACCCAAAAAGUCCAGUCAUCAUUGUGUAAUUUGAACAAAAUCAGAUCCAUUUCCCUUUACGUAUUGUAACAACACCCAGCAUAACCUAAAAUCCACCAGCUAAUCAAUGCUUAUCUAAAUCGUUAUCUUUGCAAAAUUGUUUACAGUCUAUUCCGUUCUUCUGGAGUGAGGGACAUUUAGUAAAUUGGCUGCAUUUGCAUCGUGUGCAAGUGUUUUGGUGCAUCUAAAUAAAUCGUUCGAAAGUACUUUCCAGUUGGAUUUAAAAAGCAAGGAAGCAAAAUGGGGUGUGCUACGUCUCUCGUCAAAUUCCUCAUCUUUCUCUUCAACUUUGUUUUUGUGGCUGGUGGAGCUGCUCUGAUCACAUUUGGUGUCUUGUUCUACAAUGGAUACCAGCAAUACGAAAAAAUCUUGCCGGAUCUUGGACCCUAUGCCUUUCCACCGAUUUUGAUGAUUGUUGUGGGCAGUGUCGUGUUUGUCAUUGCUUUCAUGGGAUGUUGCGGAACCAUUCGAGAGAGCAAGUGCAUGAUGAUGACGUAUGCAACGCUUCUCCUUGUUCUCCUGAUAGCAGAAGUUACGAUUGUGGUUUUGAUGUAUACACACCAAGAGGAGUUGAAGAGCCUGAUGAAGGACGGACUGAAAACCAGUAUGGGGGAUUAUGAAAAGAAUGCUGAAGUCAAGGAGGCAUGGGACCUUAUGCAAUCCAACCUGAAAUGCUGCGGAGUUGAGAGCUUCGCAGAUUGGCAAGCGUUCAUCACUGGAAACCUCCCCCAGUCAUGCUGUGUAAAUAAGGAUGAAACUUGCUCAGGCGCCUUGACCCAAGCUAUUUCGUUUUUGGUUGAUACUGGAAAAAUUUACACUGAGGGUUGCGUUGACAAGAUCUUUAAGGAAUUGAAGACGGACUACGGAAUGUACUCGGCUGCGAUUCUUGCUGCUGUUGAAUUGCUUGGUGUGGUGUUUGGAUGUUGUUUGGGUGCUCGUUUUGGACGGAAGCUCUACCACACAUAAGUGGGGGUGGGGGUUAACUAUAUGUGUGGCUUUCGGCAUUUGUUGCUACUUAGACAAUCUCAUUUUUUACUGGUAUACUGUUUUACGAAUUAAUUCAUAUGACACUAAAUUUUAAAAGUACAAAUUAGAUACUUUUCCUCUGCCACUCUAAGUUGGCAUGUAUUAAUUCGAAAGUUCUUUCUCUCAAUUGUUAGCUAUUACUAUUAUUAAUCACUAUUAUUUGUGUUACAUUAAUUAUGUAACGUUUUAUAUACGUUGAACUUACUACUACAAUUUAAAGUAGCUAAACUAUACCUUUCCUCUUCAAAUUUCAAUAAAAUGCCAUUCUAAUUAUCUAA